ACUCUGCAGGAAGCUCUCAGUCAUGACUGCGUGAGCAGUGAGACAGGAGCAGGGCACGGAGCUGCCUGCAACACCUCUAACUUCAACCAACAGCCGUGGCUCCAUCUGUUAUUUAUUUUGUAUGUAUGUACUUUCAUUUGAUGGCUUUGCAAUAUCAGGAACUGGGUUUGGUGGAGAAGAAAAGGCAGUUUGACUGGAUUAUAUAUUUGGAUGAAAUUACGUUGUUUGUUUUUUUUUUUGGAGGAUUUAAAGGUCGUUGGACUUCUGGUGCCAGCGAGGGCCCUGCAGCGUAUUUGCAAUGAAUUCUUGGGAAUUCUUGUGAUUGAAUUUGAAUACCUGGUGUAGCCUAAUUGUCUUAAAAGCGCACAGAGCGACAGCCUCCCGCUGUUAUGGAAAACCUCACCAUGGAUAACGUGACUGUGGGGAAUGACACGUCGCUGCAGGACAAUCACACCCUGGGUGUUUGGACUGACUACACAGUUGAAUACAAAGUGGUCAGCGUAUUUUUGGUGUCCCUCAUAUGCGGCUUGGGGAUUGUGGGGAAUGUGAUGGUCAUACUGGUGGUCCUGACCACCAAACACAUGCGGAAUCCCACUAACUGUUACCUGGUGAGCCUGGCCGCGGCUGACCUGAUGGUCCUGACGGCCGCCGGGUUGCCUAACAUCACCGACGCCCUGCACGGCCAGUGGGCGUACGGGUACGCGGGCUGCCUGGGGAUCACUUACUUCCAGUACCUGGGAAUAAACGCGUCCUCCUGCUCCAUCACCGCCUUCACCGUGGAGCGCUACAUCGCCAUCUGCCACCCAAUCAAAGCGCAAUUCCUGUGCACUUUAUCCAGGGCGAAGAAAAUCAUCAUGCUGGUCUGGGCGCUCACGUCCGUCUACUGCGUCAUGUGGCUCUUUCUGUCCGACACGAAAAAGUUGGUGUAUGACAACGUGGUUCUGCUCAGCUGCGCCUACAAGGUGUCCAGGAGUUACUACCUGCCCAUUUACUUUACAGAUUUCGCGGUGUUUUACGUGCUGCCUCUCAUGCUGGCCACAGUUCUGUACGGACUCAUCGCCCGGAUACUUUUCCUCAACCCGCUGCCUUCAGAUCCCAUGGGCAGCACCCAGAGGUGGAGGAAGGAGACGAGUCAGGGAGGGAGGAUGGUCAGCAGCUGCUCCUCCAGCAGCACCACGGCUGCCUCCCGCAGACAGGUGACAAAGAUGCUGGCUGUGGUGGUGAUCCUCUUCGCCUUACUUUGGAUGCCCUACCGGACCUUAGUGGUGGUCAACUCCUUCCUGGACAAAGCCUACCUGGACACCUGGUUCCUGCUCUUCUGUCGUCUCUGCAUCUACCUAAACAGCGCCAUCAACCCUGUCAUCUACAACGUUAUGUCCCAGAAGUUCCGUGCCUCUUUUAAGAAGUUGUGUCACUGCGGCCCUCAGCGUAUGGAGAAACCACCUUCUUACAGUGUGGCACUAAACUACAGCGUCAUCAAGGAGACAUCCAAUGGGGAAAGUCCUGACCACUUCACCACAGAAAUGGAUGAGCUAAACAUGCCAACAGAUCAGUACUUAGCCGCUAGCAUCCUGCCAAAUACCAAGAAUGUGCCAUUCACAGAGCAUUCACUGCCAGGGAGUGGUGUCCAAGCCUGAGUAAAAACACACUUUUCCCCCUAAAGAGAAGAGCCGAGAGUCUGACAGCUGCAGUAUGGAUUCAGUCACCCAGGGGACAUUUUAGAGAAGUGGUAAUUAAACGUACUCAGACCCUUCCAACUUAAUGUCACCAAGGUAUUCUCUCUUGGAAAUGUUUAUUUUAAUUGACAAGACAAGUUGCCAAAAGCAAAAUAGAAUGCUAUUUGAUAAGCUGACCUUUAGCAUUUUGUACAAAAUAAGUGCAGGGAGCUUUUACGAAUCUUGCUAAAACACAUCGAUACAGCAAGCUGAAACUUAAUUAAAGCAAACUGCUUCCAUCCACUCCCUCCUCCCUCUCCACUCUAAACAGAACCAGACUCUGUUAAACCAAACACUAUAAUUUGUCACAUUUAACAGCGGGAAGUUUCGGAAGUGGAUACCAUGGGGCUGAGUGAUAUAGCAAAACAUUUUAUCACAAUAUUCAUCAAA